AUGACAACCAACGGUAACCACGAUGCCAUCGACACAUCGCGACCAUCAGCAACAUACACACCAAGCGGGCCACGACCCUACACCCUCAGCGUCGCCCUCCCAGGCUCCCUCAUCCACAACGCCAAAAGCAAAGUCCUGCUCCGUACAGCUCUAGCAGGAGACAUCGCACGAGCCCUAGCCGUCUUCUGCGUUGACGAAGUCGUCAUCUUCGACGAUGCCGAUUCCAACCCCGAGGAAUCGCGCAAUUCACCACGGCCAGACAACACAAAGUUGACAGCAAUCUCACACCCUGGACACUUCCUACAGUAUAUACUGAGUUACAUGGAGACACCUCCAUUCAUGAGAAAACGGCUGUUCCCGAUGCAUGAGAAUCUGCAGCAUGCUGGUGUGCUGCCGAGUCUUGACAUUCCAAGUCACCUGAGAGCUACAGAGUGGUGCGAAUAUCGUGAGGGUACUACGACGAGGAGCUCGAAGGAGGGGACAUAUGUUGAUUGUGGGUUGAACGGUCGAAGACUGGUUCGUGGAGUUGAGAUACCGCCUAACACCAGGGUUACGCUACGCUUAGAAAGCGAGAAUGGAAACGAGGCUGAGGCUGUAGAUCCCACGACGCCGAGGGUAGAAGGGGGGUAUUAUUGGGGUUACGACGUACGUGAGGCUGCAAGUCUGAGUGCUGUCUUUACGGAGUGUGGCUUUGAAGGUGGCUAUGAUUUGAGUAUUGGUACUAGUGAGCGUGGAGACGAGGUUGGUGGUGUGGUUGCAGGUAUUGUAGCAGAUGAUCAAAGAAAACACUGGACACACAUGGUAGUUGUCAUUGGCGGAGUUAAGGGACUUGAAGAAGCGGCAAAAAACGACGAUGAGUUAGUAAGGAUGGGUAUCAGUAAGGGUAACGUGAAGGAGUUGUUCGAUCACUGGGUCAACCUAUUGCCUGGACAAGGCAGUCGGACAAUCAGGACCGAGGAGGCGUUGUGGAUGAGCUUGAUGGCUACAAGAAGGUUGGUCGACGAGAGAUGA